GGGAAGCGUUGAGCUGCUAACUACCAGGAACCCAGUGUUAAGCAAAGAAGGAAAGCAGGGCCUCCCUGGCGGGGCCGGGGGCUGUAGCCCGCAGAGCCAGGCUCCCCGCUGCUACGGGGUGUUCGGUGUUUCCAGAAUAAAUAUGCACCCCGAGGCCUUGGAGCCCGUGACGGACGGGGAAGCAGAGCAGGAGGGUGAGCAGGAGCCCGGCGUGGAGGAGUCGGCGGGUGAUCGCGGGAACGCAGGCCAAGGAGACCUCAAAGAAGAAAUUAAUGAUCCUAAAGAAACAUGCGUGGGUCCUUCUGACACGUCCUACCUCAGCGAGCAGAAACAGAGUGGUGACAGCUGCGCAGAUAGUCGCUCAGCGCACCAAAGAGAUGACAAGGAAGAUCGUGGCCCCAGGAUGACUAAAACGUUUCUGCAAAAACUGUGCAAGCAACACAAGCUUUACAUGACGCCGGCACUGAAUGACACCUUGUAUUUACACUUUAAAGGCUUUGACCGCAUCGAGAACUUGGACGAGUACACGGGGCUGCGCUGCCUCUGGCUGGAGUGCAAUGGAAUACAGAAAAUUGAGAACCUAGAGGCCCAAACGGAGUUGCGCUGCCUCUUCCUGCAAGUGAACCUGCUCCACAAAAUCGAGAACCUGGAACCUCUGCAGAAGCUGGAUGCUCUCAACCUCAGCAACAAUUACAUCAAGACCAUCGAAAACCUCUCCUGCCUGCCGGUCCUCAACACGCUCCAGAUGGCCCACAACCACUUGGAGACCGUGCAAGACAUCCAGCAUCUCAAGGAGUGUUUGAAACUCUGCGUCCUCGACCUUUCCCACAACAAGCUGAGUGACCCAGCGAUCCUGAGCGUUCUCGAGAGCAUGGCUGACUUGCAUGUGCUGAAUCUGAUGGGCAACCCGGUGACUAGGAUCAUCCCCAACUAUCGAAGGACAGUCACCGUUCGACUGAAACACUUAACAUACCUGGAUGACAGGCCGGUUUUCCCGAAGGACAGAGCUUGUGCAGAGGCCUGGGCUCGGGGAGGGUACGCCGCUGAGAAGGAGGAGAGACAGCAGUGGGAGAGGAGAGAGCGGAAGAAGAUCACGGACAGCAUCGAGGCCCUGGCUGCCAUCAAGCGCCAGGCCGAGGAGAGGAAGCAGCAGAAAGCGAGCCGAGAGCCAGGGGACGUGCCCACGCCAGACAACGCUGAGGACAUGGAUGCCAGCAUGAAAGGACAGGAAGAGCCUCCAGAGGACAAAGAGAGGCAGCAGAAGAUGCAGCUGUUCGAGGUCAAGGACAGCUUCGAGGCCAAGGACCAGCUCUUCCCAGAAAUGUCGAAGUCGAGUCUCCCGGAGGAGCUGCCUGCGGAGGAGCUGCCUGCAGAUGUCCACGGGGAGCCUGGAGGCCAGGAGCCAGGAGGGGUGCUCCCCGCCGAGGCCCCGCCACCCAGCCCCGGAGCUGCCUGGGAAGAAUCGGUUCCCCAGAUGCUGGCCGCUCAAAGUGCAGCAGGUGCAGAACUCGACAGAGCCCGAGAUUUGGAAGCCAUCAGACUGGCGACGAAGGAGAAGCUCUUCAUAGAUGACCUGCCUGAGCUGGAAGAUGUCGAUGCAGGUGGAUCUCCGGGGGACCAGGACAAGAUGAGCUUUCCAAAGAUCACAGCCAUCUCGAGCUGGAGUGAUGACAGUGACCCUGAGCUGGACUACACCUCACUCCCCGAGCUGGAAAACGCGGCCCCGGACGCCCUUUCCAACAUAUUCGCCCUCCCCAGGGCCGCCUCCAGGAGGGCCGAGCCGGAGCUGCUCUUUUCAGCCCUAUGCGAGGCAGCAGCAGAGCGAGACCUGGACACGCGCAGCAGAGCCACCAGGGGCCCUGGCCCGCUGAUUCAGGAGCUGGACGACGACGACCGCGAGUCUUCAGGGCACCCACCCCCGCCCCCGGCCUGCGACCCCUCACGCAGCGAGGGCCAGGAUGGGGGCCCGCUUGUGGCCACUCCUCCAGGGAUUGGCUUGGAGAGGGACACAGCCCAGGCUGAGACGGAGCCCGAGGCGCGCCUGGAGCCCGACGUGGGAGAGGACCGGGAGGACCUUGAAUUUGGCCUGGACUGAGCCCACGGCGGCCCCGGCAGACACGGGUCUCCCUGGCUGGGCUCCCCUCCGCCAGGGAGCUGCUGGUCUCGAGUGCACUGAGGCCUUGGCUCACUCCACCCGUGGGCGCAGCCUCCGCGGGUGUGGACAGCGCCACGCUCCCUGCCCCACAGCCUACCAAACCCGGUUGUUUGCAGCUUAAACUGUGUAACGCUAGUGUCUCCCUUGAGCAUCAUAAACAUUCUGGCAUCCGCGUGA